AAUAUACAUUCAUAAUUCCUUUUAUUUUUAUUUUAAAAAGUAAUAAAAAAAGAAAAAAGAAGUUUAAGAACUUUACUUUUUCUUCCUUUCCUUUCGGGCCAUUUUGAAUCACUCUGAAUAACAUUGGAGCCUGCCAUAAUAAUUUAAAGAAGCUGUUUUAUUUUUAUGUUUUUUAUAAAAUAUUUUAUUUAUUAAAAAAAAGUGAAUAAAGAAAGGAAGGUCACAUUGCAAAGUUGCCAACCCAUUCUUCAAAAUUUUGAAGUUAAAAGUUUCUCUAUUUACUUCUUAUUAGCUUGUCUAAUUUUGUGUGUUUUCUGAAACAAAUGAACUUGCUCUGUCAUCAAACUCUGCUUCUUCUUUCUUCUUCUGGGUGCUUUGUUCAUGCAAGAUCCCAAGACCUCAACAAGGAAGCCUUGGUAUCGAAAAGCCAUAGAGAUGACAACCUUGUGGAAAAUAAUCGUAAAAUCACCAACAACCGCGAAUUCAGCACUAUGGAAAACAAUUAAAUCAACAGAAAUCCAUCCAACAACAACAAAUCCUAGCAAACAAAAGCUUAGAAAAUGCACUUCUUUAAAAGUUGCCACUACUUUCACAAGAGUAUGCCUAUGUGCUCCUAUUUCUUCCUACAAUGAGGUCUUUAGUGCUGAUGUUCCUCCUAGGAGAAGCUACACUUACCCGAGGUCAAAACCCUUUACUCCACCACCACCACAACCACCUCCAACGGCCGCACAAGAUUGGAGGAUUCCAAGCGCGAGGCAUAGCACCGAGGGAAGGAGAGUCUUUCGAGGAAAAUCGUUGACAGAUGAUGUACUAAUGAGGAGAUUUGUAGUUGAAGAGGAGGCAAUGAUGCAAGUUAGGAGGAGAAAUGAGAUGGAAAUUAUUAGAAGAAGAGCUUCUUUAAGGAGGAAAAAGCUUGGACCUAGCCCUCUAAGUAGGAUGGUACUUGCUGAAAAUGAUCAAGAAUGCUUUGAUUAAUUUACCCAUUAAACAAAAAGGGGGAAAUGAGAAGGAUGAUUUUUUUUGCUUUCUUACAUGUGAUCUUGUGUUCUUCCAUGUUUUUUUUUGGAUAUCUUUCUUCACCUCUUAGUCUAAUUUGUACAUUUUGAACUGCCAUGAUCAACAACUAUUAUUAGCAUGCAA